AUGGCCUUUGCGAAACCCAAGUACGAUCCAAACCUCACGCAAGUCACCUUGCAAGCCAGGCUGGCUAUUUCCCCAACACUGUCACUUAGCAAGCCCGAUGCCACACUAGACAUCACUUUAGGGCUGCGCAUCAGCAACACCGCAUACUCCGGGGAGCCAGUGACUAUUCUCACCCAUCGAUCUGCUUUUGAGGUCUUUGGUGAUGAUGGCAUCGACAUGUUUGCGCGCGGCGCAUUUGGUGCAAUUCGAGCCUUGGAUAACGACAAUCAGCCUAUGGAUAAACAGAUCUCACUUGGCUUCUUUCGCGUCAAUGAGGUCGUGAAUAGCGACUCUCCUGAUCUGAGAGAGCGUGGUUAUCAGUUCCUUACCAUACCGGGGGAUGGCAGUGAGGUGGCUGUCACACACCGAUUGUCUUGGGAGCGAAUCUUUAAGUACGAGGAGAAGUUAUCCCGGCAUGACUUGACUCCAGGCGAGAGAUUCAGUAUCAGUGUCAAUGAGAGAUAUAUCGGUACCUCUUGGUGGUGUCUUGGGGAUCUCGAAGGCGUCCUCAGAGAUAAGAAGUUUCAUUCAUGGACAACGGACGAGUUUGGAGAGCAGCGGCCGGAUGAUAAUUUCCUUCGCAAGGGAAACUGGGCCCUGGGGAGAAACCCUAAAGAACUGUAUUGGGCAGUUGACAAAGUUAGCAAUGAGGAGGCGGUUUUCGAGAUAGUGGACUGA